AUGUUGAGCCAUCUGUCUCGGACCUUCCGUCAUAAUUGUCGUUUCCGGCAACAACAAUGUCGCCGUUACAAGUCUCCGAAGUCGCCACCGCCGCCUCCACCACCACCGGCGUUACCAAAACCGCCGAAAAAGCCUCAAACUUUCACCUUCCACGACGCGACGUGGGAGGAUCCUUACAGUUGGAUGUCGAAACUCGAAGACAAAGUAGCGAUGCGUCAUAUGGAUAUCUAUAUGGAGCAAGAAGAGAAGUAUACCGAAGCUGUUUUGGCUGAUACUGAUUGGAUUCAGACCAAGCUUCAGUCUGAGAUGGCUUCUCGCUUGUCUUUUGAGCUCUCCACGCCUCCUCUUCGUUGGGGACCUUGGUUGUAUUAUAGACGAGUCGAAGAAGGGAAGCAGUAUCCAGUACUGUGUAGAAGGCUAGCGAGCUUGCACGAAGAGUUCAUUUCUCAUAAAUCUCCUGCUGCAGGGUUUGAUUUUACAUCUGGGAAGAGGAUUGAGCAGAAGCUGCUUGAUUACAAUCAGGAAGCUCAAAGAUUUGGAGGUUAUGCUUAUGAAGAAAUGUCGGAGAUAUCUCCUGAUCAUAAAUUUCUUGCAUAUACUAUGUAUGAUAAGGACAAUGACUACUUCAAGUUGUGUGUGAGAAACUUGAACUCUGGUGCUUUAUGUAGUAAGCCUCACGCAGAUCGUGUCUCGAACAUAGCGUGGGCGAAGAACGGGCAGGCUUUGCUCUAUGUCGUGACUGAUCAGAAAAAACGGCCAUUCAGGAUAUAUUGUAGCACGAUCGGGUCAACGGAUGAAGAUGUUUUGCUUCGCGAAGAACUCGAGGGCAAUGUUCAUGUUAACAUAAGACAUACAAAAGAUUUCCACUUUGUGACUGUAAAUACAUUCUCUCCUACGUUUUCGAAGGUGUUUCUGAUAAAUGCAGCUGACCCGUUUUCUGGUUUGGCAUUGGUUUGGGAACACAAUGCUCCAGCGCACUGCAUAAUCGAGCAUCAUCAGGGAUUCCUCUAUUUAUUUACAGAUGCUUCCAAGGAUGGUGGAACACUCGACCAUCAUUAUCUUCUUCGAAGUCCUGUUCACUUCUCUUCCAGUCCAAGGGUCUGGGAGAAAGUUUUUAUCGACGACCCUGAAUUAAUCAUAGAGGAUGUUGAUUUCUGCAAAACACAUCUCUCCCUCACUGUGAAGCAAAUGCAGAGCUUUAAAAUUUGCGUGGUUGAUCUACCUCUCAAGACAGAGCGGGUACCGGUUCAUCUGAGAGACAUUAAACCUCGUUACCUUCCUCUUCCGAAGCACGUUUCUCAAAUAUUUCCUGGCACAAACUACGACUUCAGUUCUCCAACAAUGCGGUUCACUAUUUCUUCACUUGUGAUGCCUGAUGCUGUGGUUGAUUAUGAUCUAUCAAAUGGGAAAUGGAACAUUGUACAGCAACAAAACAUGCUUCACGAAAGAACGCGGGUUUUAUACGGCACUGCAAACUCCACUGAGAGCCCUAAUAUACCCUCAGGCACCAGAACUGUCAGUUUUGAUUCUGAGGAUACUACUGCCGAGAAUGACAACUUGUGGAAUGACUUAACCGAAUUUUAUGCGUGUGAUUACCACGAAGUCUCUUCUCAUGAUGGAGCCAUGGUUCCAUUAACUGUUGUUUACUCGAGAACUCAGAAAGAGGAGAACCAAAAACCUGGUCUUCUUCAUGUUCAUGGUGCUUAUGGUGAAAUGCUCGAUAAGAGAUGGCAUAGUGAAUUGAAAAGCCUCCUUGAUCGUGGAUGGGUUCUUGCAUAUGCAGAUGUUAGAGGUGGAGGUGGGAAAGGAAAGAAGUGGCAUGAAGAAGGAAGAGGCGCAAAGAAACUUAACUCCAUUAAAGAUUACAUUCACUGUGCCAAGUUCCUUGUUGAGAGCAAUAUAGUUCAAGCAAACAAGUUAGCUGGUUGGGGAUAUAGUGCGGGAGGGCUUGUCGUUGCUUCAGCUAUCAAUCGAUGUCCAGAGCUCUUCCAAGCUGCGGUUCUAAAGGUUCCUUUUCUUGAUCCAACUCAUACUUUAAUACAUCCAAUACUACCCUUAACGGCAGAGGAUUACGAAGAGUUUGGAUAUCCAGGAGAUAUCAAUGAUUUUCACGCGAUACGCGAAUAUUCGCCUUAUGACAACAUUCCUAAAGAUGUUGUUUAUCCAGCAGUUUUAGUCACUUCCUCAUUCAAUACUCGAUUUGGCGUAUGGGAAGCUGCGAAAUGGGUUGCAAAAGUCCGUGACAAAACCUUCAAUGACCCUGAACGCCCGGUCUUACUCAACUUGACGACUGAUAUUGUUGAAGAAAACCGGUUCUUGCAAACUAAGGAAUCCGCGUUAGAGAUUGCGUUUCUCAUAAAGAUGAUGGAAUCUUGA